AUGAGGAAAUUCAAAAAUUCAGAAAAUUAUUCCAAAGAGACUUCAUUUUUUGUGCUCAAUGGAUAUGGUGAAGCUUUCGAAUACAGCUAUAAUUCUCUAUAUGACGUUAUAUCCUGCCAAAAGUCUGCCAUCCUUAAUUUCAAAACUGAAAUCUUUUCCCUCUUAUUACUUGGAGUUUUGUUGCUUUCUUUAGGAAUUUUUAUUAUGGCCCCAUUUUGCUAUGCUGUGAUUAAAACUGAAAAUAUUCUCUGAAAUAAUACAAGAAAAUUUGCAUACAAAUAUUAUAAAGAUUUAAAGCAAUCAUGUCUUUCAAGGCUUUCAAAUAUCCAUAGCCAGCCUGAAACUGAGGCUAAUAGCCAACCUCGGUCGAAUAAACCAUUAAUCUUUAAAAGUUAUUGAAAAUAUAUAUGAAGAAUCGGCUUAUUUUCCUUAACAACCUCCAUAUUUUGCAUCAUAAAUAUCACAUAUUUUUACGAAAAAUGUGCAGAGUAUGUAUAUAACCGACCAGAGGUGACAGAAGCGUUAAUUAAUUCCCAGGUUUUAUUUACAACUUUAAGCACAUGGACAACAGAAGCAGGAAUGAAAAAUUCAAUUUUUUCACUGUCAAAACAAUUGACAUAUGGAUGCCCUUUUGGAGAUCCUGAAAAUAAUUUAGAAGACGUGAUUUUUCGUAUAAAAAAAUCUCAAAAGGCAUUUAGGGACAGUAAAUAUUCGUCUAUUUUGCCUGAGUCUUUUAAAAAACCUUUUUUUGAAUAUGACGGAGACUGCGAGGUAGAUGUUCAUAGGUAUGGAAUUCAUGCAGGAGGAGAACUAUCAAUACUUGAUGCUUACCUUAUUGCACAAUUUGAAGGCAACUCAAUGAAUGAAUGACUCCCUUUGAUGUACAGCCUUCAAGAAUUAGAUGGCGACUAUAAUAUUUUUAUCAAAGAGUAUAAUCAGUAUUCGCAGAAUGUAAUUGAUGAUGAAAUGAAUAUUAUUAUUGGAGUUUUGGCUAUAUAUAUUAUAACUUCGAUCAUAAUGUAUCUUAGUCUAUAUUUGGUCUUUUUUAGAAGCGAAAAAAAAUACUUAAUGAAAAUAAAUUCUAUGCUGCAGAUCAUGCCUGAAAAAGUUAUUGCUAAGCAAAAUGAUUUAUAG